GUGUGCCAUGCUCUGAGGGUGUGCAGGUUUAGCAAACUCUUUGUGAUGGCGGCGACAGUGCGGCUUAAGAUGAAAUACAGUUUAAUAACACAAUUGACUAUUAUUGUUUAUUUUAUUAUUUUGUGCAAUGUGAUUAACGUGAAUAGUAUGUUUGAACAUCAAUACUGCAGUCAUAAACAUCCACGACCAGCUGAGGUUGUUCAUGGAGUUCAUAUUGAGCCAUUUCAUCAAGUUCGAAAACGAAGUAUUAAUCAACCUCUGAGAAUUUUACUGUCUUAUGAUGAUAGUGUUUAUCGAUUGGAUGCCGAAAAGUUCGAGUUAAUUAAUAAUACAAUUUUACCGGAGGCUGUUCAUUUUUGGGAACGAGCACUCAUGGUUCGUGAAACGAAAAAUACAAUACGACUCAAUAGGAAAUGUGAAAGUAGUCAAGUUUUUGUAAAAGACCAUCAUACAUAUUGCAUUGAUACAUGCCGAACAACAACAAUGUGUGGAGAGGUAAAUGUGCCUGAAGAACAUCUUGAUGUAUGCCGAACGUGCAAUGCAACAGGUCAUAAUUGUGGAGUACAAAAAGGCAGUGUUGCUGGUAAAGGAAUUGAUGGUGCAGAUUUUGUAUUUUAUGUAUCAGCAUUACAAUCAGAAAGAUGUCAUAAUGGUUUAACUGUUGCAUAUGCUGCACAUUGUCAACAAGAAUCAGCACUUGAUAGACCAAUUGCUGGACAUGCAAAUUUAUGUCCUGGUAGUAUUAGUACAAAAGCACAAGAACUUGAAACAUUAUUAAGUACAGUUAAACAUGAAAUACUUCAUGCACUUGGUUUUUCAGUAAGUCUUUAUGCAUUUUAUCGUAAUGAAAAUGGUGAACCAAGAACACCAAGACGUACUGAAACUGGUAAACCACCAUUAAAUGAAAAAUUACAAACACAUCAAUGGAGUGAUGAUACUAUUAAAACAAUUAUUAGACCAGAAUGGCAAGUACAUGGUGGAUCAAUAAAAAGAUCAAUGCAAAUGAUUGUUACACCAAGAGUUAAAGAAGAAGUACGUGCACAUUUUUUAUGUGAUGAUUUAGAAGGUGCUGAACUUGAAGAUCAAGGUGAAGAUGGUACAGCAUUAACACACUGGGAAAAAAGAGUUUUUGAAAAUGAAGCAAUGACUGGUACUCAUACACAAAAUCCAGUUUAUUCAAGAAUCACGUUGGCACUGAUGGAGGACACUGGCUGGUACAGAGCUAACUAUUCAAUGGCACAACAACUUGGCUGGGGAAGAAAACUCGGCUGUGAUUUUGCAAUGAAAUCAUGCAAAGAAUGGAUCUCAACUAAAUUUGGCAACUCCAGUGAUAAAGAUCCCAAAACUAGAUUUAUUCAUCCAUUUUGCAACAAAGUUAAACAAGAUCCACUUAGAACUGAGUGCACUGAUGAUCGUAGUUCUGUGGCACUUUGUAAUCUCGUUGAACAUUCUCAGCCAUUACCAAAAACAUAUCAGAACUUUGAUUUUAUUCCUGAUGUUCCGAAAGACAGAGUACAAUAUUAUGGAGGCUCAGUUUCACUGGCUGAUUUUUGUCCUUAUAUUCAAGAAUUUACAUGGCGAGCUAAAAAUAUUGUCGUUCGAGGAUCACAUUGUUUAUACGAAGAAAAUAAUCCACAACCUGCAAAAAAUUUUGCUCUUGAACAAUAUGGAGCAAAAUCAAGAUGUUUUGAGCAUACAGAUCGUAUGUGGGAGGAGAGAACUUGCAAACAAGCAAGGCAGUGGCAACAUUGGGGCUCAGGAUGUUAUCAAUAUUCUUGUAAACAUGGAAGAUUACAUAUUAUAGUAUCAAAUUAUACGUACACUUGUUAUCAUGCUGGUCAAGAACUUGCCAUUAGAAUUAUGCAAAAUGAUUGGUUGCAUAAAGGAGCUAUUAAAUGUCCAUCUUGCAAAGACAUUUGUCAGGCUGAAUUUCAUGCAAGAGGCGAAUGGUGCAAACCCAGUGAAGAAGAUCCUCCUCCAACAGUUUACCACAGAGAUAAUUUAAUAUGUGCAAAUGCUCAUGUAUUCUCAUCAAGUUUAAUUAUUAUUUCAAUAACAAGUCUCAUUCUCAUCUCAAGAUGAUUUGCCAAUGUCUUUGAUUUUUUUGUUUUUAAUAUUCUUUUAUAAAUUUGUAUCUUUUAGUUAAUUUUUUAUAUCAAUUUUUAUUUGGCAUCAAGAUUUUAUGAGAAAUAAUUUGAAAGAAAAUUUAUUUAAAUAAUAGUUUUGUUUGUGUUCAUGAGAGAUUUUUUUUUUUUACACUUAUAAGUCACGCGCAUUUUUUAUUAAAAUAUUUACAAAAUAAAUUGUUGCGCAGAAAAGUCAUAUCGAUUUAAAAAAAACAAAAAGUGAUUGCAAUGUUUUAACAAAAAGUAUAUACUGUAACUAGUUUAUUAAAAAAAUAUUAUUAGUAAGAAAAAUAGUAUGAAUUAUCCAGUGUAAAUAAUUUACAAUGUUAAAAUGAAUUGAAAGUUAAAGAAUUAUUUUAAAUUUAAAAAUCUUAGAAUAAUUAAAAUAUAUAAUUGAUUGUUGUUUUAAAUGAUAAAUUGAAUUUUUUGGAUAAUCUGCGUACUUUAAUGUGUAAUUGUUUCGAUUGAGAUAACAAAAAUUUUAAAUUAUAAAUUUUCGAAUUGGAACGUAAAGAAAUUUGUGUAAAUAUUCAGGAUUUAUAGCAUUUUAAAAUGAAUUUUAGAUGAUAUAAAAAAUAAAAAUGAAUAUUCCAUUUCGUAAAGAUUAAAAGAAAAAAAUACAUUCCAGUUUUAAAUAAUAAUUAUUAAUCAAUUAUAAUAAGUGAAGUUGACUGUACAUUUAUUAUUUGUAAGAAUGCUUGUAACUGUAAUGUUGACAUCUGUAAAACUCAUUAUUAAUUUUAAGUUAAAUAAUCACUGUAAAGCAUAAAAAAAGCUAAAAAUUGUUGAAAAUGUAAAAAUCACUUGAGUGAUUAUUGCUAAAAAAAAAAAAGACAAGUGGCAGAUGAAAAGAUUAUUAUUGUGAGUGUAAAAAAAGUCUGAAUGUGUAUUUAAAAAAAAUAAUCUUCUUUUUUUUUGGUAGAACGUGCCAUUUCUCUACUAGUAUUUUAUAAAAUUGAAAAAUUAAAAAUAUUUAUUACUAAACUUGAGAGAUUUCAAAAAAAAAUUUCUUCUAUUUAACAAAUUAAAAGAGAACAUAAAACUGUAUACAUUAUAAAACAAAAUUGAGACAAAAAUGAUGGUUCAAUAUUUUUAAUACAUCCUUUCAUCAAUUUCAAUUGGUAUCUUAAACACAAAUUUUCCCAGUCAAAUCAUCUCGAAAUAAAAUAUCCUGGUUAAUAAUUUCUCCAGUGAAAAUAAAAA